AUGGAAUUGAGAUUCUUUCUGCCUCGCCAACCGUUGUCGACCGAUCGGCUCGCCGAGUAUCUGCGCGAGAGCCGAGCCUCUAGUGGACUGCUUCUUGCUCGUGAAUUCGAGUCCAUUGAACUGGCCACCUCCUCGGUCCGAAAUGCUGCAAAACGACGAGAUGAACUGGGCGUCUCGAGCAUCGACUCAAUCUCGCCGACCUGGCGACAUUCACAUUUGGAGGUUAACAAAGCAAAAAACCGUUAUGCCAACGUGAUCGCGUUCGAUCACACUCGAGUCGUCCUCCAACCGUUCGGAGAUGGACAAACUGGCUCCGACUAUAUCAACGCCAACUAUUUGGACGGUUACAACAGGAAAAGAGCCUACAUUGCAACACAGGCAAGUGGCAAAAAUAGGAAUGGUUUUGGUACCUUGGUGAGAUGA